CGAGGAGGGCAGGGGUGGUUUGAGAAAAGUCAGUACAGACAGACAGUUUAGAGCUGAAGCGUCAUACAGUUCAGUGUCCUUCAGCUUUACACCUACUUCUGCCUUAAUGCAGGAGUGACCUGAAACAGUGCGAGGCUUAAAAAGUAAUAAGAGACACGUUAGAGUGGUGCAGGCCGCUGGCGUGGAGAAGGGAGGAGAGCAUAGCCUAGCUAGAGAAACGCCGGUGAACAACAGAGAAGAUGAAGAAGAUCACGCUUCUGCUGAUCGUGUUGCUUGGACUAGCACACUUCAUCUCGCUUAGUCGGUGUGAGGAAGAUGAUGAUGUUGGUGAAAAGGUGGAAGAGGGCGAUGACGAUGAUGAUGGCGACGAUGACGAUGAUGACGACGAUGAUGAUAGCACUGAGGUCAAAGAGGAGAACGGUGUGCUUGUUCUAAAUGAUGCCAACUUCGACACUUUCAUGGAAGGCAAAGACACCGUGCUGGUGGAGUUCUAUGCACCAUGGUGUGGCCACUGCAAGCAGUUUGCCCCCGAAUAUGAGAAAAUCGCUCAAACACUCAAAGAGAGUGAUCCACCGAUCCCUGUGGCCAAAGUGGAUGCUACUAAAGCUAAUGCUCUUGCAAGUCGAUUUGAAGUGUCUGGCUAUCCUACCAUCAAAAUUUUGAAGACGGGAAAGCCGGUGGAAUAUGAUGGAGAUCGAACUGAAAAGGCGAUCGUUGAGCGGGUUAAAGAAGUUGCAAAGCCAGACUGGAAACCUCCUCCAGAGGCCACCUUGGUGCUCACGAAGGACAACUUUGAUGAUGUGGUUACUAACGCUGACAUCAUAUUGGUGGAGUUCUAUGCACCCUGGUGUGGUCACUGUAAACGACUUGCUCCUGAAUAUGAAAAGGCUGCAAAGGAGCUCAGCAACCGCACUCCUCCUAUACCAUUGGCUAAAGUUGAUGCAACUGUAGAGAAUGACAUCGCAUCCCGGUUUAGUGUAACUGGAUACCCAACACUCAAAAUCUUCAGGAAGGGCAAGGCCUUUGAGUACAAUGGACCACGAGAGAAAUUUGGUAUUGUUGAUUACAUGAGUGAGCAAGCUGGCCCACCAUCCAAGCAAGUCCAGGCACUGAAACAAAUUCAAGAAUUGCUGAAGGAUGGUGAUGAUGCUUUGAUAGUUGGCGUGUUCUCCAGUGAAGAGGACACUGGCUAUGAGGUCUAUCAGGAGGCGUGCAACAGUCUGAGAGAAGACUACAAGUUCCGGCACACGUUCAGCAGUGAAAUAGCAAAGUUCCUCAAGGCCAAACCUGGACAGGUGGUUGUGCUCCAGCCUGAGAAGUUCAGAUCAAAAUUUGAGCCUUCAUCUCAAGCCUUCAGUAUUAAAGAUUCUACUACUGCUUCAGAACUUCAAGAUUUCUUCAAGAAACACACCCUGCCAUUAGUCGGACAUAGAAAACCGAGCAAUGAUGCGAAGAGAUAUACGGCACGGCCGCUGGUGGUUGUGUACUAUGGAAUUGACUUCAGCUUUGACUAUAGAGUUGCCACUCAGUUUUGGAGGAGUAAAGUUCUAGAGGUGGCGAAGGACUUCCCUGAGUACACUUUUGCUAUUGCUGAUGAAGAAGACUAUUCUGAUGAGCUGAAGAGCCUUGGUCUGAGUGAGAGUGGGGAGGAGGUUAAUGUCGGUAUUCUUGCCGAAGGAGGAAAGAAGUAUGCGAUGGAACCGGAGGAAUUCGACUCGGAUGUGCUUCAGGAAUUUGUAGUGGCCUUUAAAAAAGGCAAACUGAAGCCCAUCAUCAAGUCGCAGCCAAUUCCUAAGAACAAGGGACCCGUGAAGGUGGUCGUUGGCAAGACAUUUGAUGAAAUUGUCUUGGAUACGAAGAAGGAUGUCCUUAUUGAGUUCUACGCACCUUGGUGUGGUCACUGUAAAAAACUAGAGCCUGAUUAUCUUGCUCUUGGGAAGAAAUACAAGAACGAGAAAAACCUAGUGAUUGCCAAAAUGGACGCUACUGCCAAUGACGUGCCUCACAACAGCUACCAAGUAGAAGGAUUCCCAACAAUAUACUUUGCUCCCAGCAACAAGAAGCAGAGUCCCAUCAAAUUUGAAGGUGGUGAAAGGAAUGUUGAGAGCUUGAGCAAAUUCAUCAAGGAACAUGCAACAAAAUUAUCACAAAAAGAUGAACUCUAGAAGUUUUCUUCAGAAACCUUGAACUUUAACUUCAGAUACAAGAAGUGAUCUGGAGCGGCUGAUAAUGCAGACCAUGGAAGCCUGGUUUGAUUUUGUUGUAACCUUUUGUUCCUGAAAGCAGAAUCUUCUUUUCCAUUCCAAAGCACGCACUGUUUGUUAGGUUUCUUUUCAAAAUCUUUUUAAAUAAAAAAAAAUGAGAAAUUGGGGAAAUAAAUGUCUGCUUUGUCCAAGGUUGUACACUUCUGUUAAAGACUCCAGAUAUACUGUAUAAUAUACAUCAGAAUGUGAUCAGGCUCUACACGACCAACAUGAGUCAUGGCAGGUUAAUAGAACAUUCUUCCUAAGAGAAUAAUCGCAUCUGUCAUUGUUGAUCAUGACAGACAACAAAAUUCUUUCCCUGUAGUUAUAAAGAAUGCCCAUUGGGUGGGGGGGGUAUUAUAAGAAAAGAUGAUGGCCAGUUGCUGAAUUGGGACAGACUCAAAAAAAUGUCUUGCCAAAGCUGAUCUUAUAGUUUUAUUCAACUUUAUCACACUGGAGCAAAGUAGGAGAAAAAAGUAGUUGUAACUUUCUUUCACUAAGGUUUUUCUUAGUCUGUGGGAGCUCAGAUCACACCACUGUGAUUUUUACCAUACAUAUUCUGUAGCGCAACAUUUAUAAACCUCAGUCUCAUUGGUUUGGCAGAAGACAUUGUAUACUCUGUUUGCAUUCGUCAGUAUUUUCUCACUACAGUACCGAAUAUGCGUUAUGAAAUAUGUAAGCUUUGGGGUUCCUUUCUGAUGUAGAUACAUUGGUGGAGGGUUUGAGGGGGCACUUGUUUUUCCAAACAUUCCUCCCAGCUUCAAAAUGCAUCGUCAGAAGGGUUUUUUUUUCUAGUCCUUAAUCUGGAAAAUUUCACUCUGGAGGCUAUUUUUGUACAGCUGUUGUAUUAGAGAAGACCUAUUUACAGGAGAUGUAUUAAUGAUUUGAUUUGCAUUUUGGCCAAAAAAAAAAAGUGCAACUUUAAAUCACAAUUACAUUGGUCUAAAGCAGUGGUUCCCACCCACACGUCUCCUUUGUGCUUGUGUUGGGGCAAAAAAUUAUUUGAUGGCUAACAGGUUGUAUUAUUUUUUUUUUAAAUCUGGUGAAAUACUUUGAAAUUGUAUGUGGUAGUGAAACAUGCUACAGAUGCUUCAGGUAACCUGCCAAACUGGAACAACAUGCUAAUGGGCCCAUGUUGUUCUUUUUCUUUGACUCUUUCUCCUGAUGUCAACUUGUAACAUUAGUGUGGGUUGAUGUACCAGACACAGUCAAAAUAAAUUUUUACUUCACCAUU